AUGAGCGGCGGCGGUGACGGGGGCGCGAGGGGCCUUGCUGCCGAAAAGGGCGACGGCGACGGCGUCAUUCGCCUGAUGCUGCUGCUCCACCGGCGACUGGUGUACGGCGAUGGGCCGGCGUCCGUCCGUCCGUCCGUCGCCGCCGCUGGUGAUGGGGGCGGCGAGGCCGCUUCGUUGCAUCCCUCUUUGCUGCGCCGCGCGGGCGGCGUGGCAACGCGGCUUUCGUUCGACGAGGUGGAUGACGCCGUGGCCGGUGACAGCUUCCGCGGUGCCCUGCUGCAUGUGAUUCGUGAGGACCUGAAGGACGCGAUUGGGCGGCGCCACACCACCACCGCGGCGGUGACCCCCACCGCCGACGCCUCGUCGCCUCUUCAACUCACCGUGGGGGUUGCCGUGUGGCCCCUCGAGCGCGGCGGAAGGCUGACGGUGAGUGAGGCGACCUCCCAGCUUGCCGCCUACGUUGGGCGGACUUUCGCCUUCCCCGCCACCCUGGCCUUCAUUGGGCGGAACAUGCGUCCCCCGUGCAUGCUUGCUGUCCACGCCGCAGGCUCUGCACUAAACGGGGUGCCGUUGGUGGCCUUAAAGGGGUCUCCAGCGGAUGAGGCAGGCGUUGCGAUGCCCACAGAGAUCGCACCGCUUUUGCCACUGGCGUCCUACCGGCAUAUGCAGCUGCAGGGAGGGUCAAGGCACGACAUCCGCGCCUCCUAUGAGGGGGCGCGGUGGGGCGCAUUCGCCGCAACGCCAUCAGAAAAAGAGCGGCGGUGUUGCUCCCAGCAGCUGCAGAGGCCGUCUUUCUUGUUCUCGUUCUCCUCACCUUCCCCGCAGCGGGGGGACGGCGGCGAGGCUCUGCCGCUGCAGUCGCAACGAAAGCCCUCCGCGUCGCCGUCGUCCCCCGACUUGUCUCUCCUGGAGGCAAAGACAUACUGCUCAAGUUCACUCUCAUCGAGCUUGCAACCGGCCGAGGAGGCCGCUGCAAUUCCAUUUAAGCUGCAUACGUGGAAGGGCUCGCCACCGUCACCGGCAAGGGCUCCAAAGCAGCAGCAGCGGCAGCUGCCGCCGCAACAGGAGCAAGAGAGGGCAGCACCGCAGAGGCCGAUUAUGAAGCGGGCACGCGUGGAUAUUGUUUCGCAUGUACCAGACCCGCUUGGCCUCGUUGUACCCAGUCAACUGCUGCUCACGCCCGAGGUCGUGUUGGCUGUAAGGGAUGAUAUUAUCGGCCAGGCACUUAUGGACUUAUGCACACUGGAUAAUGUGGGUCUCACAGUGACGGUCAAACACGAUUCCGAAAGAAUGCGAAAUGGAUCUAUUUGUGCUGCAUCUCCAUCUUCAUUGUCGCCGCCUUCAUCGCCUGCGCAGCCUCGCUCCUUUCCUUGUGCCACUUUGCAAAUUGCGGUGGACGUCCCGCGGCCGCUGGAGCUUGUGGCCAUCUCUGCACUGGUAGACCAUUUGCUCGGUCCUGGCGCCUUGGCAGAGUGGCUGCGUGUCAUGAGGAUUCAUGUGGGUGAGUUGUUUGCGCCGCAGGGGUUGGAUUUGGAUAGCACUUACGUGAACAACCUGCCGCUUCGCUACAUUGAGGGGUUUCUUCAAACGAAUUGGGGCACACGACAUUGUGCUCCACAUCCGCGAAUACAAAUGCGCUUAACUCUGACCCCUCUGGCUCCUCAGCGAUAUGGGCUUCAACACCGUCGCCUCAUGAAGUUAGGGCGUCGCUUCGGCGCAGUCAGGUGGACAAGGAAGUUGCGCUUUCCGUGCCUGGCGAGGACGUGCAAGAGCCGGCAGAGCCACGGCAGGGGCCACCAAACGCGUUGUGUCAGACGCUACUCGUGCAGGAAGAGAUGGAGCAGCGGCGGGCUAUUUCUGAGCAAACGGCCUUGGAGACGGAAAUCCUGGAGCAAACACAGUCGACGCCGCCCUUUGUCUCACCAAUGUUUUCAGGCUCACAGUUGGACCCCGUGGAGUCCACAUGCAGUUUCCUCGAGUCAGUCAGCACACUCACCGUUGCCACCGAUCCGCUUCCCUCGCCGAUAA